AUGUCGUUAUCUCUCCCACCGUUACCACCAGAGUCAGAAGCAUUCCGUGUUAUUCAAUACGAAUUGCAACAACAGCUCGAUGCAGUGCGUGUUAGAAUUAUUGAAGCAUUUGAUAUUACAUCCAUCACACAAUCACAGUUAUUUGCACAAUACUGUCAAAAAAUUAAUCCAGUUAAUGUAAUACACGCAUUUAUCCCACUUAGUGAGCUAGAUCAGCCAAUUUCAGACAUUGCUGCAAGAGGAGUUCGUGUUAACCCAAAGCGUGGUUUGAAAUUCCGUGCAGAUCACGUUGUUAUCGAUAAGGCAGCAAAAGUUGGUGAAGUUGUUCACUGCCUUGUUGCUCUCGGAAACGUCCAGAACUAUAUGGAUAUGACCGCCGACUACGAAACAAAAGAAUUCAUAAAGACACCACCAACAUGCGAUAAUCUCAACCAAGAUUACAACUCUCUUUGCGUCUCAGCAGAUCACCAAUACGUUAUUUGCAAUGCAGAUCAAAUCAGAACACUUCAGUUCAUUCGUUUCACUGCUGGUGAGCUUCUUGAAAAUGCACCAGAGAUCAAUGAUAUCUGCGACCUUUGCCAGAAGAACAAAUCCGUUGUUUGGUGUUCUAAUUGCAACGCACAUCUUUGUGCAGAUUGCGAUCGCCAAUCCCACGAAGGAAACAGACUUCUACAGUCUCAUCAGCGUAUCCCAAUCGAAGAAGCCAAGCCAAUGAUGGAAACAUGUCCAUUCCAUCCUGGAGUCAGAGUCGAACACUUUUGCCCUACUUGCCAACUCCCUGUUUGCAUUGAAUGUAAGAUGUCCGGCUUCCACUCGAAAGGCCCAGCCACAUCACACACUUUGAUACCACUCAAAGACGCAUACGCCGCAGCCAUCAAAGCAGGAUACAAUGAAUCAAAAGUUUACAUUCGCCGCAGACACAUUUUGCGAGAAAAGAUGCAAGACGCGGACAGAAGAUACGCAGAUGUCAUUGCAAACGCAAAGAGCCUUGAAGCAAGGAUCAUGAAGAUCGCACAAGAAGCAAUCGCAUCUCUUCACGAACAAGUUGCUGAGAGAACAUUGAUUAUUCAAUCCACAAAAACCGAAAUCCAAAGGAAACUCGAUGAAGUUGAUGCCAAAUCCAAUUUUGUCAAGGAGCAUCUUGAAUAUUCCAGUCCUCUCUCUGUCAUCCGCGCACUUACAAUCCAUGACAAACUCAUCAAUGAGUUGCGUCCUGACAAUGAUUUACCUCGUCCUCUUGCUGUUGAAGGAGAUUUAGCAUUGACAGGAGUUUUAGAGGUCAAAUCGAAACAGGAAACAAUUAUGCCAAUGGGUGUAAGAAACAGGGAUGUCUACUUCGAUGAAAGGAAUGUCCGAAAUGUUGAUUUCCCAUCAACAACAUUCGAUGGCAUGAAUUCAUCGACAUUUGAUUCCACACAAACAACAACACAACAACAAGAAAAUUCAAGGAUGAAAUCAAGAAACAUUGGAAACACAUAUAGCAGUACACAGAACCAAACACAGACAACAGGAACAUUCAACACAGCUGCUUUCAAUGAAGUUAAAAUGGAUGUUGAUCCGAACAUGAAGUCAUUGAUAAGAAUCAUCACUUUGACACAGAUGGCUUUGAGACAUGAACAGAAACUCGCUUCAAAGGGAAUUAAAUUGAAUUUUGUUCCAUUCGAAGGAACAACAAUUCUCCCUAAUGACGAGAUCGCAAGAAGACUCUACAUGUCAUUGCCUUUCAAGACACAGCCAGCAACACAUCUCUUGUAUUCAACAGAAAGAGAUCCAAGAACAAUAAGAGCAAUACACGAUUUGAUAGAUAACAUCGGAAUCACUGUUGUUCUUGUUAAGAAAGGCGGUUACGUGUUUGGAGGCUUUGCUGCAACGAAAUGGAACUGCGAUGGACAGCCUUUCGGUGACAAGUCUUCGAGCUUCUUGUUCUCUAUCAAUAGAGAUAUUUUCAUCCCUUACAGACCAACUAUUGAUGAUCCUUGCUACCUCUACGCAACAAAGGAUGUUUUGACAUUCGGAAAAUACGACCUUGUUUUGGCUGGUGACUUCAACAUGUGUUCGGCUCAGAUAGAGAAGUCGUACGGAAUUGGUUUACAGCCGGGUUCGAAAGAGGCAAGAUUGUUCUUCUUGCCAGAAAAAGAAUUCGCUGCUGAUUGCGUUGAAGUUUGGGGUUUCUUCACUUCUGAGUAA